GUCGGUACCAGUCUAUGCCUCUCGAGCUGUGGCUCGAGUGCAUUUGCGAUCAGACUCAGUUUGGCGAAGACUUAGUGGUUGUUGGGAACCACCCAGUGCUGGGCAAUUGGUCCGUGGAAAAGGGUGUAGUUCUUCGCACCGACGUCUCAACUUUUCCACUGUGGACCUUGGAGAAACCUCUGGUUCUGGAGGAGGAUGAGUACAUGCCACUAUGGCUGGAGUACAAGUAUAUCAUCCGAGGCAUCGAGACACAUUGGGAGGACUUUGGGCGUCGGAGCUUGCCCAUCUUCAGCUCCACCUCUCCAGUGACGGCCACGGCCUUCCUGCCGCAAUGGACAGAGGUUGGAAAGCCCAUGAAUCGACUUCUUCCCUUCUGCAGGACUAUCCCGUUUACAACCAGGUUACACCCCCACUACAAAACCAGGGGACGACGCUUGAAGCCUGGUCUCAUGCUGAGGGUAGACAGCUACGGCAGCUGGACCGCCAUGACAGAAGCUUCCUGGAACGCCCCGAAGCGCUUUUCCCCUGGCGUCGCCGGCAUGAGCGCAGCACUUCGUCGCAGCAGUUUCCUCUUCGUUUCCGGGAGCACCGUGAAUCACGAGAGCAUCAAAUACCAUGCAGAGAGGGUCUUUGCACGGCCCAAGCGCGCUCGACUUCUGCUCUGCUUGCGUCAGUUGCGACGCUCAGACUUCGGAAUGCUGCUGGCGCCGGAGCUCUGGCUUCGCAUUGGCGACUUCAUUGGUGGACUCCGGCUUCGACAGGUCGACUCCAGUGCUUCCAGCGGCUGAGGCAUCUGGGCAGACGGAGCGGCCUUGCCAGUUGCUGACUGGCUGGCGAAUUUUAUGUUGGGAUUCUACCC